CCAUAUUCGAUCAAUUCAAGAAUCACUCAUGCGGCUUCUUCAAGUCAUUCUUUAAUUAUUUAACCCAUUCCUUAAUUAGCUUUUAGUGUACUCUUUUCUAUACUUAAAAAUUAAAGUAAGUGAAUAUAUCACAUAGCAUUAUAUAUAUAAUCACAGAUAUCCAAGAACGAGAGCUAGAAUUGUGUAAGUACCCCCAUUAAUUAGUUUGAAGCUAAUUAUAUUAGUGUUCAGCCGGGCAUAUAUAAAAUAUGCCUUCCUUCAUCCGUUUUCCUUCCACAGUGCGGGCACGUCCCAUGACAGAUGAGGAGCGGGAAGAAUUUGAUCGGGAAAUGCGUGAGGCAGGAGAAGCCAUGCGUGAAGCUGGACAAGCCAUGCGUGAGGCUGGAGAGAGAAUGCGUCAAGUAAGGUCGUCGUCGAACGAUCAAAGCAUGGAGAUAUGGAAUCAUCACGAUGGUGUGCAAGAAAGAUCAGGAAUCAUCAGAAUUGGGGACGGGCGGGGCGGAAUUAUCAUUCAAGGAGACCAACUCAUCUUGGAUGGUUCUAGCAUAAUUCGACGACGGCGGCGGCCGCGACAACAGAAUGAUGAACCGAGACUGGUGGAUUUAUCUCAAAAGGAAGAAAAAAGUAGUAGCCGCCGCCGUUCGUGGUGGAAUGGUUGUAAUAUUCUGUGAGUUGAAUAUUAUACGGAGUAUGUACCAAAUAUAGUACUAUAGUUGAGUGCAACAAAGAAAAUACUCCCUUUACAAUUAAAGUCUAAAGUCUAAAGUCUUAGUUUGACUUAAUUAUCUAUAAAUAUAUACCUGUAAAAUCUAUAAUAAUAAUUUAACAUUUGAAUAAAACAUA